UUCACUCUCCCAACUGCUUUAGUUCUGCACUCGGAGCACAAAACAGCGAGACAGCGUGUGAACCGUCAUCCUCUCCCACUCCUGUCCAAUAGCCCAACUGAAGCGCACGGAGCUGGUGCAAUAUGGACAGUAACGCGCUUCAGUUUCCUACGGACUGGCACUAAAAUCCACUUUUUAAAAAAUGCUUUGAGUUUUUUUUUUAUUAUUAUUAUUAUUAUUAUUUUUUAGAAUUGUUAUUUUAUUUUAUUUUUUACAUUGAACGGUAAACUGACAGUUGUGCGUUUGCAGUAAGAGUCGGCGCACUCAGAUGGCGGGGCCACAGCCGGGAGUUCACGCGCUCCAGCUCAAACCCGUGGCCGUACCGGAGAGUUUGAGAAAAGGAAACAAAUUCAUGAAAUGGGAGGAUGACUCCACCACUGUGACUCCUGUGACAUUACGGGUUGACCCCAAAGGCUACUUCUUGUACUGGACUGAUCAGAAUAAGGAGACAGAUCUUCUGGACAUUGCAUAUAUCAAGGAUGCUAGAACUGGGAAAUAUUCCAGGACACCUAAGGAUGCUAAAGUGCGAGAGCAGCUGGGUGUGGCCGGUGUGGUGGGAAAGAUUGAGAACAGAAUGCUGACAGUGGUGUCUGGUCCAGAUAUGGUGAACAUCACCUACCUGAACUUCAUGGCCUUCCAAGAUGAAUUGGCUAAGGAGUGGUCAGACGGGCUCUUCAGCUUGGCCUCCAAUCUCCUGAUCCAAAACAUGUCUCGGGAGUCCUGUCUAGAUAAAUUGUAUACUAGACUAAUACUGCAGCUCACUCCUGAGGGAUCUAUUCCUGUGAAGAACAUCUUCCGUGUGUUUUCGGCAGACAGGAAGCGGGUUGAGAAUGCGCUGGAAAUCUGUGGUCUUCCAUCUGGGAGAAAUGACUUAAUUCCCCAGGAACAGUUCACGCCGGAAAUAUUCAGAGUGUUCCUCAAUAACAUUUGUCCCCGGAAGGACAUCGAUACCAUCUUCUCAGAAAUUGGUGCUAAGAGCAGGCCAUACCUCACAGUAGAUCAGAUGACUGACUUCAUCAACAACAAGCAGCGGGACCCUCGGCUGAACGAGAUCCUGUACCCUCCCCUGAAGCCCGAGCAAGUGCAGGCGUUGGUGGAGAAGUAUGAACCUGACACCAUGCUCUAUAAAAGAGGGCAGAUUUCUGUGGAGGGUUUUGCCAGGUAUCUAAAUGGAGACGAGAACAGCAUCAUCCCUCCUGAGAAAUUGGACCAAAGUGAGGACAUGACACUUCCACUGUCCCAUUACUUCAUCAACUCCUCCCACAACACCUACCUCAUAGCGGGGCAGCUGGCAGGAAAUUCUUCAGUGGAGAUGUACAGGCAGGUGCUGUUGUCAGGCUGCCGCUGUAUAGAGCUGGACUGCUGGAAGGGACGCACAGCUGAAGAGGAGCCCAUUAUCACCCAUGGCUUCACCAUGACCACCGAGAUCUCUUUUAAGGAAGUGAUUGAGGCCAUUGCUGAGAGUGCUUUCAAGACAACUCCUUUUCCUGUCAUCCUUUCAUUUGAGAACCAUGUGGACUCCCCCAAGCAGCAAGCUAAGAUGGCUGAGUACUGCAGAUCAAUAUUUGGAGACGCUCUGCUUACAGAGCCACUGGAGAAAUAUGCACUGGAAGCAGGAAGUCCUCUGCCCAGUCCCAUGGACCUCUUGGGGAAAAUUCUCAUCAAGAACAAGAAGAAUUCCCACAAGGAUGAUGGCAGCACAAAGAAGAAGCUCUGUGAGCAGACCUCUAAUACCUACAGCGAUACGUCCAGCGUGUGUGAGCCGUCCUCUCCAAGCGCAGGCUCCACAAACCACGACAUGCAGGACUCCAGUCAGCCAAGCUCAGAGACGGGCAGUGACAGCAGGCUACAGGGGAGAAAAUAUAUUGGUGAGGUUGAUGCAGAAAGCGAGGAUGAAGAUGAUGAUGACGACGAUUGUAAAAAGUCCAUGGAUGAGGGGACAGCAGGAAGUGAAGCAUUUGCCACCGAGGAGAUGUCCAACUUAGUCAACUAUGUCCAGCCAGUCAAGUUCACCUCAUUUGAAGCGUCUAAAAAGACAAAUAAAAGUCAUCACAUGUCAUCGUUUGUGGAGACAAAGGCACUAGAACAGCUGACAAAGUCUCCUGUGGAAUUUGUGGAGUAUAACAAACUCCAGCUUAGCCGAAUCUACCCCAAAGGCACUAGGGUGGACUCCUCCAACUACAUGCCUCAGGUGUUCUGGAACGCUGGAUGUCAGCUUGUGGCACUGAACUUCCAGACAAUAGAUCUGGCCAUGCAGCUGAACCUGGGCAUGUUUGAGUACAACGGAAAAUGUGGCUACAGGCUGAAGCCUGAGUUUAUGAGGAGGCCUGAUAAACACUUUGACCCCUUCACUGAGAGCACAGUGGAUGGGAUUGUAGCACACACAAUUUCAGUGAAGAUCAUAUCAGGACAGUUCCUGUCCGAUAAAAAGGUUGGCACCUAUGUGGAGGUGGAAAUGUUUGGCCUUCCGGUCGACACUAAAAGGAAAGCAUUUCGGACAAAGACGUCCCCAGGCAACGCCGUGAACCCUGUAUGGGAUGAGGAGCCCAUAGUCUUUAAGAAGGUGGUUCUUCCCACUCUUGCGUCUUUGAGAAUAGCCGUGUACGAGGACAACGGGAAGUUUAUCGGCCAUCGCAUCAUCCCGGUGAACGCCAUCCGUCCUGGUUACCAUUACAUAGGGCUAAGGAAUGAGAAGAACCAAACACUAACACUACCUGCUGUUUUUGUCUACACCGAAGUCAAAGACUAUGUCCCUGACACCUUCGCAGAUGUGAUUGAGGCACUGUCCAAUCCUAUCCGCUACAUCAACCUGAUGGAGCAGAGAGCCAAUCAGCUUGCAGCUCUCACCCAGGAGGAGGGAGGACAAGAGGUGAACAGCAAAGAGAUAGACGCGUGCGGGGAGCCUGUAUCAGAGUCGAACAGCGAGGCCCAACGCCCUCCAGCCGAGAAUGGAACGAGCCAUACUCCUCUCAUCUCCCCCAAACCGCCUUCAUUGGUCAGCCAUCAUGCCCACUCCACAGGAUCUGUGAAACCAACUGUUAGGACUGAAGAUGUGAUUCAGAGUGUUUUGACAGAGCUGGAAGCUCAGACACUGGAGGAACUGAAGCAGCAGAAGGCUUUUGUACGGGAGCAGAAGAAACAGUAUAAAGAGCUGAAGGAGCUGGUCAAGAAGCACCAUAAGAAAACCACAGACAUGAUCAAAGAGCACACAGCCAGACAAAGUGAGCUGCAGAGCGAAUAUCAGCGCCGGCUGUCUGCCCUGCAAAAGAGUGCCAAACGAGAUGGUAAGAAAAGAUCAGGUUCGGAGCAAGCUCUGUCUGCUGUGGAUCAGGAGCUGGCCGCUCUGGAGGAGGAGAACAUGCAGAGACUGAGCGAGCUGAAGGAGCAACAGCAACAUCAGUUGCUCACUCUCAGACAAGACCAGUACUACAGUGAACAGUACCUCAAAGGCAAACACAUCAAACAGCUGGUAGAGAAGCUGACCACUGUAGCUGAAGAAUGUCAGAGUAACCAGCUGAAGAAACUUAAGGAGCUUUGUGAGAAAGAAAAGAAAGAUUUGAAGAAGAGGAUGGACAAGAAGAGGCAGGAGAGGAUACAUGAGGCGAAAUCAAAAGAGAAGAAUCUAACAGAGGAAGAGAAGUUGGAAAUCAACAGGUCACAUGUGAACGAGGUUGUACAGUAUAUCAAACGGCUGGAAGACGCUCAAAGCAAAAGGCACGAGAAGCUGACCGAGGCACACAAACUCAUUCGGCAGCAAAUCCUGGAGGAGAAGCCGAAGCUUCAAAUUGAGCUGGACCAGGAAUACCAGGACAAGUUCCGACGACUCCCAGUGGAGAUCCAAGAGUUUGUACAGGAAAGCGCUAAAGGCAAGCUAAGUAACGAAUGGGACCCGAGCUGCCUUAGCACCUCAUCCACCGCCGAGAACCUGGACCACAAAGCAGCCCAGUCAGAGGAGGACGCAGAUGAGGACUCUGCAGAGAAGGUGUUCGACACUCCUCUCUGAUCUACACGCUGGGUUUCACAUCAGCAUAUGUAAAGAUUUUGUAACAUCUAUCUUCCUAGUGUUGCUUCUUCUUUGUGUUUGAUCAUUUGCACCCAUCUGUGGGAUUUUCUGACUUUAGUAACAAAGUUCUCUUUGCCAUUCAUUCUUUAUGCAGAUAGAGCUUUAUAGCACUAAGGUAAGAUGUGUUUGACAGAAUGUUGACAUAACAUACUUGAACAACAGCUAGAAGACUUCUGGUUUCUUCAUGACGUUAGGUUUUUAAUUUGUACAUCAGUUAUGGUAAACUGACAAAUUUGAUCAUGCUGCUGUUUGGGUUUAGUUAAACACUAGGGAUUAUGUCUAUAUUUUCAUUAAUUGUGAACCAAGCCUGGGCAAUUAUUUGCAAGGCAAACUAUGAAAAUCAUUUCAGAGUAAGGCUGUAUAAAUAGCUUUAAACAGUAGAGGCUUUGAGAUCUCUGUCCCAUAUUCACCACAGCACUACAAUAUCUGUUUCUUUUCAAUUAGCACAAAUUACCCACAAGCCUGUUUUACAUACACAAAAAAAGAUGAAUAUUUUAUUGAUUUUUUUUUCUUUUAUCUUUUUAUACCUAUAAAUAGAAUCAUGAACGCUAUAUGUUAGUGUAACCUGAGGAAUGUGGGGUCAGUUGCAUGUUUUUGUACACUUGUAAAUGUUACUUAUAUACCACAGGGAUUGGAAGAAAAAAAAAAAAAGCAUACUCUUAAAUGUAAAUAUUAGCAUUUUGUUAGCUAAGAAAGAACAGAAAGACAGUUAUGUUAAUGUGACCACAGUGGUAGAAGUGUACGAAGAUUUUUAAAAAUAAUUUUUUGCACCUUGGCCUUAGCGAUAGAGUGCACUAAGUUUAUGUUUUGUUUCAGUUAAUAAUUCCUACAAGAGCAACGUAGAUAUGCUAGAUACAUGAUGCUGUCGUGUCUGUGUCAGAUAUAUACUGUUCAUUAGUUCUCUAUUGUACUUUAACAAUAGAGUCAAGGACUUUGGUUUAGUUUCAAUUUUCAAUGUGUGACCAAGUGAGUAUAUUAACUUUAAAACUAUAGGGGAAAAAAUAUAAAUGCUCAGAAAGCACAAAGAUCAUUGUUAAAUGGUAGCGUGAGUAGGUUAUGAUUAUCUUAACUUAUAGUGCUUUGGGAAACUCAGCCCAGAUCACCUUUGCAAGCAUGGACAAUUUUGGAAGAAAAAAAAAACUUCCCCUUUUGUUGUAAAAUGUUUGUGCCAAACAAACAAACAAAAAAUCACUAUAUUCCUGUAUGUAUGUCACUAGAUGAUCUGAUUGCAUUUUGCUGAUGUCUUACAAGUACAUUUGUUAAAUGUUACUUGGCACUGAAUGUUAUUAUUGCUUAAAUUGUAAUCUGGUCUAUAAUCACUGUUUAUUGUAAUACUGUAGCAAUUAUUUCAAAACACAUAUAUGCUGUAAAAGGCAAAUUACAUGCCCAUAUCUCUUCAAUACCACAGAACAAUCUCCUGUACAGUACACAAUACAUCUCAGUAUGGGGUGAUCACUGAGAUUUCUUUAAGUGAGCAAGGAGAGUAUGCCAUAUUUACACGGAUAUUAUUACUAUUUAAACACAAAAUAUUGUUAUUAUUAUUAUUAUUAUUAUUAUUAUUAUUAUUAUUAUUAUUAUUUGACAACACUGAAGUAAUCAGUCCGAUUUCAUGAGAAAUUCAAAUGAACAAGGUUGACCUGCUUGGAUUUUGUUCAAAAGGUACAAACGCUAACCUUAUACUUAACCCUAAGCUUAACCUUAGUAUCUUGUCAUACUGUAUGUCUUGAGUUACACAUUUUGUUAUGGAUCUGCAAGUGUAUGAUGUAACUGAUGGCAAUUAUGUACUGAUGUAAAUGUCCUUACAAUAGUCAAUUUUACAAUUCAUUUUCAUCCAUAAAGAUUAUUAGGCAAAAUUCGUAUCAUCACUAUAACUAAUGUUGCAUUUAUACAGUUUCUUUAUAGUAGGUAAUACCACAAAAAAAAAUUCAACAAGUGUAUCAGUGCUUGGAUUCCCAAAACAAUAUUUCAGAUGCUCUGUAGUGUCUGAUUACUAAUUGUUUUAUUGGCCCAGUGGAAUAAUGCUCACUAUAGACUACUGUACAAUACAGUUCUAGCUUGUCGUGCAACAAACAAAUUUUAAAGUUUGAAACAUUUAAUCGACUUGAAAUGACUUAAUGAGUGUACAGUAAUGUUGUUUUUUUGUUUUGUUUUUUUACGGUUGAGGGAUUAUUGCCAUGAUGUGAGUCCUGUGCCUUUCUAUAUGCUUGCCUUGUUGAAUGUGUGAAAUGCAUUGUGUAAAGUCACUAUAAGGACUAUGUGUUGUUGUAUGUCUGUAUGUCAACUGCUAAAUAGACUAUGUGCACUUUUUAGUACCAUAACACUACUGAGUAAACUUUGUGACUAGCAGUAUUUCAGAGGAAUGUUCUAUAAAUAAUGUGCUGCACUUUUGUUUUCUUUAUGCUGCCUAUUUCUCGUCUAAGUUAAAAGGAAAAUUAGAGUAUAGGGGAAAUGCUUGUAAAUAAAAUAAAUGUCGGUUCUAUAUGUAAACUUA